AUGGCCCUCACCGACAUCACUCCUUCCCUCUGCGUCGUAGGCCCGAUUGAGAGUAUUGAAGCUGGUAUGGUGGCGAUGGUGGUUGCCUCAGAAGUGGAGUACUACAAACUGUUGAGGAGCAAUCCAGGAGAUGGUCAGCCGCGAUCAGACUCUUUGUCGAAUUUUUCCCUAUACAAGGAUUCGUUUGACUUGAUCGAGAAUGCCGGGACUGUUAUUUUGGCGUGGAGAUUCUAUGGUGUGGAUGAUUCUCCUUUCAUGGAUCGCCAGGGCAAGGUGUUACCUCUCAGAGCUAAUACACAUCCAGAUCUCUCUUAUCCAUCUCAGCAGUCUUCGACUCCACAGGGUGAGAACAAUGAUGCAGCCGAAAUCAAGAUUCUCAGACUUGAACUAGGGCAGGCGAGAGCUGAGGCGCUGAACGACAGGAUACUCAAGGAGUACAUGCAGGCUAAGUGGUUGGCAACCAUUCGUGAUGUCGAUGAUCAAGUGAAGAAGAAACAGGGGAAACUGCAGAAGAUCGUUAGGUUGGCCACCGAGAAGAAUGUUGACAGCAAGGCGGAAGAGAUGACCAAUGAUAAGGAUGAGGAAGCAACGAGACCGUUUACAAAGUAUGACUAUGAUGUUUUCGUAAAGACUUUGUUCGCUGCUGUUCAUGCGAUCCAGAAGGAUGAGGAGAAAGUGGUGAAGGGGAAUGAUGUAAACGCCGUGGCAACAUGUAAGACGUUCCGCGUUGGUACUGUUAAAGGAAUGGGUCCAGGACACCCCCACAAGAUGGAUGUGGCUUCAGAGGAGCCAGCACCGCCUCAUUGGAGCGUGAUUGAAUUCAGUUUCAGUAGCCGAGAUACUGACUCGGAGUUGGUGAUAGCUUCUCCCAGUCUUCCGGCCCUGAAAAGCAAAUAUUUGUUCUUUUUAGAAGUUGCCGACAACUACGAGCUCGAUGGGUACACUCUUGAAGACCUUUACGACUGGAUUAUCGAACCACUUUUACCUAAAUUCAGACAGCUGCCAGAGAUAACUUCAACUUUGACACUACAACAAUUUCUUUUCCCUGAGACGUACAGAUAUGACAUCCGAGGGGAUGGAGAACAGCUAGUUGUUAUUCCGUCUAACGAUAGCAGCGACAUAACCCCCAUAUUCGGCAUCCCACUACCAGAAGAGAAAUGCGCGACUUGGCCUCAUUAUCAUCCAAAGGACGUUCAACUGCCCGAGAAGAGGAACACUCACGGACCACCAUCAUAUAUACCAUCCAGAGUUAUCUUAAAGAACGGAAACAGCACCUUUUUCAAGCCCAUGAGGUGUGGAGACCAGAAAUCAUUUAUAAACGAGCUUGAUAGAUACAAGAGCAUACGCGAUGCCCACCUAGACGAGUCGCUUCUAAUCUCACGACUCAUUGGCCUGGUUCGAGAUCAGACUGGCCAAGCUUUUGGCUUGCUCUUGAACUAUAUCGACUGCGGCCACAGAACCUUGCUCUGCGCAGCACAACCGGAUACAUCGAGGGAGCUCAGACAAACAUGGGCUCAGCAGGUCCACGACACGGUCCAGCAACUGCAUGCUGCUGGUAUUGUCUGGGGCGAUGCGAAACCCGAUAAUGUCCUUGUCGACCAAAAGAACGAUGCAUGGCUGAUUGACUUUGGUGGAGGGUAUACGAAUGGCUGGGUGUCUAAGGAGCUAUCGGGUACUGUAGAGGGCGAUUUGCAGGCGUUGAAGAAGAUAAAUGAGUUCUUAUUCCAGGGUAGUCUGUGA